CAGUAAAGAUGUGUUUGUAAUAUAAAUAAGUGAAUAAAUGUUUAACAACUACUUAUUAUUUUUGUUUGUAAAUCACCAUUGUCAAACAAUACCCCCAUCAAAAUGACCAUGAUAACGCAUGUGAUCUUCGGCACACUUAUAGACAUGGAUUUAGUGGCGGAUCUACUCAGCGAUUGGGCUAAGAGUAAUGGCAGACAUAUGAAUGAAGACAUAAAUACUUAUAUCAGAGAAAUGGUUACAUUGAAAGACCUUUUCUACCGAUUCUUUGAUUCAAUCAAUUUAUACACGGAUUCCGUGCGAAACGAAACAAUCAAACAAUUACUUCGACUAAUACUAUACAAAGGGCUGAAACUGAGGUCCGGCGCCGACCGACUGAUCAAACACUUGUACUAUAACAACAUACCGAUGGCUAUCGUCAGCUCCGGGUAUAAGCGAGAACUGGAUCUCAUUGGCCAACGGUUUGGCACUUAUUUUGACAAAUUCUUUGAGCACUCGGUUUGCGGUUCCGACGACUCGGAAGUCAUAUUCAAUAAACCAAACGCCGAUCUCUAUAUGGUUUGCGCCAAACGCUUCCCAAAGCCGCCC